AUGGGAGCACCAGGUAAGUACUUUCGUAUUUCCUUGGUGAGGAUACGAGCGUCGAGGAACUUAGGAUCGGGAGUUGACAGGACAAAGGUGUGGAGGGUGGGGGCCAAGGUAUGGGUGGCAGGAGGAGGGGUGGUGUCCAUGGUGACGACAGGGGGAGGGGGAGGUGGUGUUGAUUUUUUGUGGGAAGUGGCGGGAGCAGAGUCGGAUAGGACGCGCUUUUGGGGUUUUUUUGGAGACUGGAGGCUGCGAGGAGGGGAGAGGGACGGGGAGGAGAGGGAGGUGGCGGGUGGCAGAUCCCUGUGGCGUAGUGGAGGCACCGGGAGAAGCAGCUGGUUCAGUGGUGGCGAUGGUGGGUCGGCGCGACGUGAUGCGUGCAGGAGAUGCAGAAGACGAAGUGAUGGGGUCGGUGAGAGAGGGGAAGCCAACCACCUGAGGGGCGGCAGCAGAGGCGGCAACAGAGGCGUACGUGAGGGCGGGGGUAGGAGUGGGAGCUGUUGA